CAGACGCUGAGUUGAGCAACAUUCAAAAUGCUCGCGAAGCAGUUAACCACCAUUUCCCUUUACUUUGUCGCCUUGCUGAUCCUUGCUGUGGCUGCAGUGCCUUUCGAUAGUUCGACAAUAUCUGAAGAUAAUAAUUCUCCAACGCUUAAUCUAGGAAAUUGCGGAAAACGUUACUAUCAGGGGAAACUGCCCACCGAUAGUAGAUUAUACGAAAACCCGUGGUUAGCGCGUUUCGGGUACAACAGAAAUGGCAUUCUGACCUACCUCUUCCAAGGAGCUCUAAUACACGAACUGUUUGUAGUGUCCACGGUUUUCGCUACCAAAUUCACCGAUUUCGGUCAACUAACACACGUCCGUUUGGGUGAAUAUAAUAGCAGCACUGACCAUGAUUGUCAGAUAAUUAAUUCAAAAGCCGGGGAAACAUGUGCCCCACCAACGCAAGACAUUGCCGUCGAUGUGAUCAUCGUUCAUCCGAUGUACGAUGCGUACGAGCAGGUCAACAAUAUUGCCCUCGUGCAGUUAAGCAAACCAGCAAAAAUUACUCCCCCAUCGGUGCUACCGAUAUGCAUUAAUCAAAAUGUAGAACCAGAAGCCGCCUUGCUGUUGGUCGCAUCAUGGUGCGGUCGAAGAGAGACGGGUCUGUCUCUGAUUCCAAAGCAGUACAUCAUGGUUCACAAAAAUCCCAGACAGUGCAGAGAGCUCCUGACCGGAUACUCGCUGAAGCAAGAUGAUAAUAUGUUCUGUGUGGUACUGGAUUCGCGCUAUAAAUCACCCAGUGACAUUAACUUGGAACCAAAUCUGCGGGGAAGUACUGGUGCACCGGUGGUAACAACGCAAUUUGACGAUCGGAUCUCUCUCGUUGGUCUGCUAUCGUACGGUCCUAGGUACCCGGCAAAGUUCGAAGAGCCUUACAUAGUAAUGUCCAUUGCACCGUACUACGAUUGGAUGCUUAGCACGAUCGAGACAGCGGUCGCCCGAAUUGGCGAGGAAGCAUAA